CCUGCCUUUGUUGGCCGACGCCCGGCGGCUCUGGGCCCGCGCAGAGCAGCCGCGAGGAGCCCCUGAUGCCGUUGAGAAACGGCCGGGCCGGGCCGAUCCCAUGGCGGGGCUCCGGGGGGUCCGCAGCGGCUCCUCCCUCCGCUGUCCGGGAGCGGGGUGAAAAGGGCACCGAGCGCGCCGGGGGCCGUCCCCUUCCGGCGGCUGCACCCGCAGUCUUGUAACCCGCUAUCUGCGCCCCUGUCCCCGGGGCAGCGCCGCGAGCGCCUCACGUCACGCGCUGCAUCCGGUCCUGACCCACCGCCGCGGAAAGGAGCCGCCUGCCCCCAGCGUCUCUGCUCCCGGCCGAGGGGGUCUGGCGAGCCCGGGGGUGCUGGACCCGGCUCGGCUGUGACCGCCCGGGCAACAUUCGCUCUCGUUCCCUACUCGUGAUCUGGGGUUUGGGUGGCUGGAGCAGACCCUUUGACCCUGAUAUAAAGACUUGGGCCAGUUGGAUAAAAUGUCUUUCCUGAAAACUUCCGCCUCCUGUCCGAGGUAUCCCGUCUUUGUAACCGAAACGGGGAAAAUCCAUUAUGUGCUGCUGGCUUGUUGUCACAAUGUAACUGUUUCAAUGUGAUUUACAAAUGUGGGGAGGGGAGUUGAGUUCGCAUCAGCGGUGGAACUACAUGUUGCAUGUUCCAGCUAGGGAAACAUUACAGUGUUUUUGCCAUCUUUGUACAAAAGACAACUUUACAUGUGUGACGGAUGGGCUCUGCUUUGUCUCAGUAACACGGGCUCAAGACCGAGACAUACACAAUAGUAUGUGCAUAGCAGAAGUUGAUCUGAUUCCACGAGACAGGCCAUUUGUUUGUGCCCACUCAUCAAAGAAUGGAGUUGUUACUAGGCCUUACUGCUGUGUCACAGACUACUGCAAUAAAAGAGAACUUCAAAUUCCAACGCCAGUCCCUACUUCCGGAGAAUCCUCUUCUAAUCUGGGACCUGUGGAAUUGGCAGCUAUCAUUGCUGGACCAGUCUGUUUUGUUUGCAUUUCACUAAUGUUGAUUCUGUAUAUCUGCCAUAAUCGUACUGUCAUACAUCAUCGUGUACCAAGUGAAGAGGAUCCCUCAUUGGAUCGCCCUUUUAUAUCAGAAGGAACUACUUUAAAAGAUUUAAUUUAUGAUAUGACUACUUCUGGCUCUGGGUCAGGUCUACCUUUACUUGUUCAAAGAACAAUUGCAAGGACUAUCAUACUUCAAGAAAGCAUUGGGAAAGGUCGCUUUGGAGAAGUCUGGCGAGGGAAAUGGAGAGGAGAAGAAGUUGCAGUGAAGAUAUUCUCUUCAAGAGAAGAACGCUCAUGGUUUCGUGAGGCAGAAAUUUAUCAAACUGUUAUGCUACGUCAUGAAAAUAUCCUUGGAUUUAUAGCGGCAGACAAUAAAGACAAUGGUACAUGGACUCAGCUCUGGUUGGUGUCAGAUUAUCAUGAGCAUGGAUCACUCUUUGAUUACCUAAACAGGUAUACCGUUACUGUGGAAGGAAUGAUAAAGCUAGCUUUGUCCACUGCUAGUGGACUUGCACAUCUUCACAUGGAGAUUGUUGGCACACAAGGAAAACCAGCCAUUGCUCAUAGAGACUUGAAAUCAAAAAAUAUAUUGGUAAAAAAGAAUGGAACGUGUUGUAUUGCGGAUUUAGGACUGGCAGUGAGACAUGAUUCAGCUACAGAUACAAUUGAUAUUGCCCCAAACCACAGAGUGGGAACAAAAAGAUACAUGGCUCCUGAAGUCCUAGAUGAUUCCAUAAAUAUGAAACAUUUUGAGUCAUUCAAGCGAGCCGACAUCUAUGCGAUGGGAUUAGUGUUCUGGGAAAUAGCACGGCGAUGUUCAAUUGGUGGAAUACAUGAAGACUACCAGUUACCAUACUAUGACCUAGUCCCUUCAGAUCCUUCAGUUGAAGAAAUGAGGAAAGUUGUUUGUGAGCAGAAGCUGAGACCCAAUAUUCCAAACAGAUGGCAAAGUUGUGAGGCAUUACGAGUAAUGGCCAAAAUUAUGCGUGAAUGUUGGUAUGCCAAUGGAGCAGCCAGGCUAACAGCUUUACGCAUUAAGAAAACAUUAUCACAGCUCAGCCAACAGGAGGGCAUAAAAAUGUAAUCCUGGAUUUACUACUGAAGAGCGCUUUAAAGAUCCAUAGCUGAAUCUGGGUGGCAUGUUCAGAAGGUUAAUAGCUCUACCUCACUGAGGGAACAGAAGGAUAUUGCUGCCUUUUGAUACUUUAUAGGAACAUCAGUUGUUAGCCCCGGGAUUUCUGUGAACAUGGUAAACACUUGUGUUUGGGUCUUUUUUGUGCACUAUGAACACCUCUUUCCCAGGACAAUUACAAAACAUUGUGUAGUCUAGCUUUAUUUUUAUUAACAUGUAACUCUAUUUUAAAAGUUGAUUACUGGUCUUAACUUUUCAUUAACUGUGCUGAAGACAUGAAGAUCAUUAAGGUUUUGGAGCUGGUUCACUACAUUGUAUACAGUGCAUUGAGGGUUCUUAAGUGAUUUUAUUUGAGGUUGGUACAACUGAGUAUUCUGAACCACUGCAAACUUUUUCUUUGAUUCAGGUUUUGAAUGUAUUAUUGCAGUAUAACUUUCUAGCUAUUAAGCUUACAUCUAUUGACACCUACCUUGAUUUACAAAAAUGACCUCAUUCACUUGUGGGGAACAUAAUUUAUGCAACUAUAUUUUGUAUACUGUUACUGUGCUUUCACUUAUUCAGAACAUUGCAUUGCCUUCAAAAUAGAUUGUACUAUACCAGUAAGUGCCACUUCUGAGUCUUUAUAAUGCAAAUCAAUAGGAACAUAGAAAGUUUAUGGUACUUGUGGUUUCAAAACAGAGUUCAAAAAUGGAAUUAUUCCUUUGCUUAAUGACAUAAUUAACUCUCUAUUUGGCAUGUAGCUGCAUCAUUCUUGGAAUAACUUUUUUACCAAGAUCUGAUUCUUAAACCACUGUAUGAAUUUAAAUGGUAUGCAAGUUAGUUAAUUCAGUGUUAUGUUCUAGAACUGUGCAUCACAUGUAAUAAGUUCUAAUUAUUCUAUCUAAUAAGAUUUUUUUUUAAAUGAAUUGGCACUCUUAAAAUGUUUGUCAUACUCUUAUCUAAGGCCUGGUCUACACUAGCAAGAGGACUAAAGGUUUUUAAGAUAAAAGGAAAGAAGUUUUACUCUUUGAAGUCGUUUGUGAGAGAUUUACUUUUCAGUUCCUCAGUCUUUCCUUUUUCUUCUCGAACAGUAUUAUUUGCAAAGACAAGAAUUAACUUUAUCUAUAAUUAGAGAUGAUUAACUGUAAUAUUUGGGCUUGUUUUAUUAGGAACUUAAAAGCUGCUCUCAAAUUAUACAUGCAUAUACUGUGUGUAUGUGACCUGCACACAGUGGUGAGCUGCAAGACUUUGGAUACACACACCAGAAGGUUCUGGUGCCCUUGUUAUAACUACAAGAGCAAAGAUCGUUUGUGUUGUCAUUAGAACCCUGAAAAAAAUAUGCACAGAUUUACUCAACCUUCAAAUCUCCAACAGGUAUAUCUUUUCAGAGGAUUUUAACAAACUUUUAAGAUUCAGAUUGUAUCACUAUCUGUCUGAAUGUCUCUUAAAAUUGUUAAACGCAUGGGAGGUGAGGGGGAAAUCAGGAGAAUAAUCUUUGUCCUGAAACUAAGUUUUUAACCAAAUAUCUGCUUGGGUAGCAGGCAUUUGCCUAAUAUUGACUUUACUAAUGCACACAAAAAAAAAUGGAUUGCUAUAUGCACAACAUUUCUCACACACACACCCUAAGUCAUCUCUCAGUCACACUCACACAUCUUAAUCGUAUACCACACACUGCAAUUUUAACUCUGUUCCCCUUUAAACCUUCAUAUGCCUGCUUAGGGAAUUUUUCACCAGUAGAAGUAGCUAUGUGGAGAAAAGGUAAUUUGGAGAAGGGAUUUUAGAAUUGCAUGUAAAGUUGUGUUGCUUGCUCUGUGAUAUAUGCUAGCUCUGUAGUAACAGUAAGGUGUGUUGUGCCUGUGAGUGAAGGAGAAGAGGAUAUGUACUGUUAGAUGGCAAAAGGUUUAAUUGCCUUGCUUUCUGAGGUGUCUGGUAUGAAUUGUGCAAUGUAUAGCAACCCGAACUGCUUUAGUUUUUUGUUUCUUGGUAUUGUAAUGCUUAACUGGGGGUAAAGUGUAAAUAAAAUGGGGAUUGUAGACCUCCUAGUGUGGGGAUAGAAGUGCAACCGCUGACUGAAUAUUUUAUCAGCUGCUGAGCGCGAACCCCCUUUUUCUGCUAUAGGAUAAAGUCUGGCAGAAAAGUGAAGCUCCUGAUGGAGAAUGAUUGAUUGGAUCUGAGCACACACAGAUUUGAAGUUUGCAUAUGCCUGCCCCAUCCAACCAAUCAGACUGGCAUGUCCUCAGCCCCAUCAAUCAAAUUUGUGUAAACUUGGCCAUAAUCCGUCAGUGAGGUUUGUAUGCAUAAUCAGUCGUAUCUAUGUGGACUUGGACUCAUCAAUCAAGUUUAGGUGCAUGGCACAUCAACUUCCAGUUAUAACAGGAACAGAUAAAAAUAACCCUAAAUACAAUAUUUAAAAAACAAACUAUCCAUUGCAUCAGAUCUAUUCAGUAUCCACCUCUUUAGCCGUUUUUUUGUAGAUACGGGAUAUAUUUUUAAGAGAUUGGUCAACAAUAACAAAGUAGGACUACCAUGGGAAAAAUUAGAGCCCGAACCAAAUUUCAAAGACUUCCCAUUUAAAAAAUUUGAGGCGAAACCAAGUAAAAACUUGCAUAGUUCUUACACCCUCUGAAUUUUCUAACCCUGGGUGAUAUUUCACACUGUUUGGCUGCCUAUUUUAGAGAGAGAGGUAUUUGUCACAUUUUAGAUGCAAAGCUAACUAUGGAGUACCCACCAGGUGUGUCCACAACUUUGUAUUCUGUAAUCUGUAUUUUGGGAUUUGAUAGUUGGGGAUAGGUGAUUUUAGGGUUUAUUUUUCGUGAAACCAUAUUUUAUCUGACCUUUACAAUAGCCGUGAAAUCGAUACAUUUCACAGCUAUGAUUUUAGAAAAUAUUACACACUUCUGUGUUAUAAAAAAUACAGUACUAUCAAGCUAAAAGAACUAGAGCCAGAUACACGGGAUUGCAGCAGGCAAUUUGCUCCAGUCAGCUGCACACUGAGAUAUUUAGAUAACAUUGUCUUCCCCAUCUACUAACCAUAGCUUUCUUUUGAAAGCUGCAUUUUUUUCUAAAUUUGUCCUCUGAAUUUUUCAACACUUUGUAGUGGAAAUUUGCAAAAAGAAGGUGGAUUGAUAUAUUGUCCAAUUUUAAUGAAGAUUAUUUUGAGGACAAACAUGUGAAUGAUACCAUAAAAUGCACAACAGAAAAAUUGUGAAUAAGCCUGUACGUACCUUGGGUUCAGAUGACAUCACAAAUAGUUUAAGCUUUGUUCUUGUGUUUUUCCAUUAUACAGUCUGAACGCCUUUAUUGAAUGGAUGUGUCUGGAUAUUACAUGCAGCUUUUUAUGUUACCUGUGUAAAAAUCAUAUAUGUGCACACAUUAAUAUUUUUUAAACUAAGCUUGUAAAUCACCAGAUUUGCUCUGGGACAUCCAGGGGGACCAAAAUAUUUUAGCAUUCAAAAUAUUAAUUUUAUAUCAUCUCAAGGGUAUACCAAAACAAUUUGAUAUAAGAAAUACUGAUGCAAAUGUUUAUUGUAAAUAUACAUACACUAUACAUUCAUUUCUUCAAGGUUCAUGCAUUUAUUAAAUUGGCAUAUUAGUAGCACUAAAGCCUCACUUCAGAUUACCGACGUGGCCAGACAGCUACGGACAAACAUAAGGAGGAUUGUUGGAAACAGACUGGUACUGAAAAGACUGAAAAGUCCCACUUGGGAUACUGGAAUUCUUCAGGGACCCUCCAACCUUGAAAGCUGGAAUUCUGGGACAUUGUAGAAGCUGUCUGUUCAGCACUCGCACUCUUUCUCCCCCAAAUUAAACUACUUUCAUUUGUAAUCCUAAUGCGGACUUUGUAUAUAGGGAUAAUGACAUUGGGAUUGACUCUGUGAGGACUUUAAGCUAUCAAAUGAAGUAAGAGGCUAUUUUUUUAUUUUAUUUUUUUUACAAAAUAAUUGUGAGUUGAGUGCCAUGAAAUCUUCUCUUUAGUUAGCUCCUUGUUUAUAUUGUGCCAUUGAAAUGAUUACGAGGGUGUUGAAAUUAUUAUACAUGUAAAAGAAAAGCUUCAAUGUCAGUUGCUUUAAACUUAAGUUACCUCUUAAAAGACCAAGGUACAUUUACCUCAUUGUGUAUAUAAUGUUUAAUAUUUUUCACAACAUUCUCCAAGUUUGCAAUUACAUGUUUCUAGAAAAUAUGGGUAUUGCUAAAUUUACAACUUCAGUGGUACUAACUGUACUGUUUCUCAUACUCAAAAUAUGCACUCUUUAUUUUCUGUAUUUUAUUGUAUUUCUGUAAGUUUGUUGCUGCUUUGUCAAUGUAGCAUCUGCCCUUCCAGAGCUGUGUAGAAUAAUGCUUUGUAUAAAUUCUGCAUUUUCGGUGGUAAACUUGAGAAUCCUGUACAGAUGAGUUUGUCUUUUUCUUUUUUUUUUUUUAAGCCUUACAAACUUGUGCAUUUUCCCUUACAUUUCUGAAAAUUAUGUAUUGUAUUGGUAGAGUAUACAGUACAAUGGAUUGUAAAUAGGAAAGUAGAAGAGUGAUGCUUAUGUUAAGUGCUAACACUACAGUAGAAAGUUUAAAGCAAUGAAAAUAAAUUACUUUUUUCAAAGUA